AUCCUGAUUGCAUUCCUUUUUGGUGGAUUGCACCUGGGUUUGAAAUCCAUUCCAAAAACAGGAUUUGAUUGCGGAUUGGAUUGCAUCAUACUUCCAAUUUUUGCAAUCCAAUCCGGAUUGUGUUUGAUUAGUGCUUUGAAAUGGUUUGUUGUGUUUGAAAAUUAUGCGAUCGGCUUCAUCGGCUUAAUGUACUUUGCUAUCAAGGGCUUUACAUCGAAACUUGAAAUAAUUUUAACGCUUUUAAUUUAAACGCUCAAAAUAAUAUACGCUGAUGAACUACAUAGGAAGGGCAAAAUUACGUAUUUGAGGGAGAGUUUUAAAAAUAUAAAACACUGGUUGGGUAGAGGUUUAAAUGUGGGGGUGUUUGAGGCAAAAAUAUUUCCCAUAAAAUACCUGUGCGAUGUGCCUUAGAUAGGAUUUACUCGCAAGACUAGGUACUAGAAAUGGGUGAUUUGGGGAGGAGGCACGGCCCUAUGCCCCCCCUCCCUCCCCCAGAUCCACUAGUGCACAUAACAAUACAACAGGAUUGCAAAAAAGGAUUGCGGAUUUGAUCACAAUCCAAGUGAAAAAGGGGAUUGCGGGUAGGAAUGCAAUCCACUUCGGCACUAGGAAUGUGGAUUGGGAAUGCAAUCCUUUCAAAAAGGAUUUUACCGAUGCCUGGGAUAUUGAUAUUGUAUUAGCUGCAUAAAUAGGUGAAUAUCGAUUCAUUUAAUGCCCUGAUUUUGAUAAAACAUUCUAGAAUUUACCUUUGAUAAUUGAUAACGAAAAUGUGCUUAUCUGAAACUUUGCGCAUUCUUAGAUUUUAGAAGUCUACUACACUACUUUCAAGUUUCAGGCGUCAGUCGUUUUAUUUGACAUUUCAAUUUGAUUUGGACUUUAAAAUCCUGGUCACUUCUCACUGGAAAUGGAAUAUCCUGGGAAAAUAGUCAACACCGAGCUGAGCAUCACGUCAAGAUACUAGAAGAGUGGACACCAUGGAGUCAAAGCCAGUUGCUUUUCAAUUCACAAAAGCUGUUAAGAAACCAUCUGUGAUACAAACUUCUCUUAACUCUACUGAGAAGAGUGAAGAAGUGGACUUUGUUAAAUCAGUUGAUGACAAAGGCAUUGAAAGCACAAAGAAAAGGAAGGAAUAUGUUCCACUGGUUAUCCCACUGAAGAAACCAAAGCUGAAAAUUCAAAAGGCUGUUGAAAACCAACCAUCCACAGUGACUGAUACCAAAGAGCAUGAUUCUGCAGUGGGAGAGGGGAAUUUGGAUUCUUUGGCUGCUGCAGAAAUUCUACAGGAGGCAGCAGAAGGAGCUGAUGGGAAGGGAAAAGGAAAGGAAGUGGCUGACAUUGAAGUGGCUUCCAGCAGCAUUGUACAGGGUGCCACCAUUGGAGAAGUGCCUACACUGGACGACUAUGACAGUGUACCGGUGGAGGAGUUCGGAAAGGCGCUGCUGCGCGGAAUGGGCUGGAAGGAUGGCGACGGAACCGGCAAGAAGGGAGAGAAGGUGGGUCAGUUCGAGGCAGUGGUGCGCCCCAAGGGUCUCGGUCUGGGCGCGUCCGUAGCGACCGCUCAGCAGACCCCGGCGGCGGCCGGUGCCGACGGAGAUCAGGAGGAGCUGACCAUGGCACCCGGCGCGUUCGUCGUGGUCACCAUCGGAAAGGAGAAGGGCAACUAUGGUCAGGUAUCUAGCCUGGACGGCGACGGCCGGGCGCUGGUCAAAAUGGCCGUCUCUGGCAACACCAGCAGCCUGCCCGAGGGCGCGCUCCGGCUGGUCACCAAGAAGGACUACAAGCGCAACAGCCGCGUCAUCAACCAGGAGAAGUACACCGAGUACAAGGAGCGGCAGGAGAAGGAGCACGAGUCGGCGCGUGGUCGGGACCGUUCGGAAAAGUCCUCCUCACGGGCAGACGAAGCCGCCGAGCGGGACUCGGGGCGGUCUAAGAAUGGAGAGAAGCACCGUCAUCGGGACAAGACGGCCGGUGGUGAUAAGAAGGAGAGGUCAUCUGAGAGGGCAGCUGAUUCACCUGGAAGCCGGGAGACCCGCCGGCCCUGGGUCAGACCCCAGCUGCGAGUCCGCUGCAUCGACCAAAAGUACAAAAAGGGCCGUUACUACAAACAGAAGCUGACUGUCGUCGAUGUCAUCACGGCCGACCUGUGUAUCUGUAAGGACGCCGACGGUCGGCUCCUGGAGGACGUGGCUACCGCCCGGCUGGAGACGGUCAUACCGCGCCGAGCGCCCGGGGCAGUGAUGGUGGUCCGGGGACCCCAUACCGGUCAGGUAGGAGAGCUGGUGGACCGAGACUCGAAGCGGUGUCGCGCCACCCUGCAGCUGUUGCCCGACCAGCAGCUGGCGACGCUAGACUAUGACGACAUCUGUGAGUACACCGGCAGCUUGGAGGCCUACAGCUGAGACAGAAUCGUACGCUAAUAGUAUAGGAGCUGUGUGGGGUCUUCAGUUGAGAAUGGCAAACCAGAGUACUCGGGUAUACCAGAGGCUAUACCAGAGGCAUCGCUGGUAUACCAGCGAUAUGGAGGUUUUUAGUUCAGAACGGUAGAUCUCAGCACACCAGGCCCUCGGCUGAGGUCGGCCGGCCUCGCUGCAAGUAACCAGGCCCUCACGCGGCGUGAGUCCUGCCAUCCGACCUACCAAGGCGCCAAGGCGUGGAAUCGAGGACAUGUACUGUCACAAGAUGGCACGUGUUACCAUCGUGGCUACCGUCGACGGAUUCGGUGCUGAAGAUGGUACGAUGUGGUGCUAGAUGGCUGAAGGGAGCCGUUUUGUAAUGUUUACUUAGUGCUGAUUUUUUUAUACCGUGGCAUGUCAAAUAUGGAGGUUGUGCACACAUCAUAUGAGCUCAUUGUUAUCAUCUCAUCUGUGGUUUUGUGUCGAUUCCUUACAAACAUACAUAAGAUAACGCGCUGUUGAUACCUAUGAUCAUCCAAUGUUCAUGUACUCAUCAUGUGACAUAAAUGUUCAUUUUUCCACGGUUA